UUUUAAUUUUAAUUGUUAUAUUGUGUGCCGGCCGGCCCGCCCCCAUCUCAUACACUCAUCUCCUGCCUCCCUCUCUCUUAUCGGGCUCCAUACCUAACACCCCCUCUGACUUCAUCCGCCACCACUACGAGCCUUCCUGCCGCGCCACCGCAACAGAGCCGCCACGGAAGCCAAACAUCACAGACUCGAAGGGUACUCGCGUGACUCCAAGGCGGAUCACACUGUGUGGCGCCACUCACAGCCCCGCAUCCGCGGCCUUAGCAGCAACCAUAAACACGCGCGCCUCCAACAGCCUCAUACCGCAACACUUCUCACUCGAGCCACCUAGCUCGCGACCUCUUUACCCUCUUUCAUCCCCAUUUUUAUUUGAUUAGGUAUUUCAUGGCAAACAGCAAAUAUGAGUAUGUAAAGUUCUUUGAAGUUCAAGACAAAAUUAUGUUGCCCACUUUCAUUGUUGUUGUCAUCGAUGGCCGCAAUUUCCGAAGGUUCUCUAAAGCUCAUAAAUUUGAGAAGCCUCAUGAUAGGAGGGCUUUGAAGUUAAUGAAGUCGUGUGCAGCGGGUGUUAUGGAGGAAUAUCCUGACAUAAUUUUUUCGUAUGGGUUUAGUGAUGAAUAUAGCUUUAUAUUUAAAAAGGAGUCCAAAUUUUACCAGAGACGUGAAAGUAAAAUACUGUCUCUACUUGUUUCGUUCUUCACUUCUUUGUUUACCAUAAAAUGGAAUGACUUCUUCCCGGAUAAUAAGUUGCUCUAUGCACCUUCAUUUCAUGCUCACGUUAUUCGAUGUCCAACAUUGGAGGUUCUCCAAAGUUAUCUUGCCUGGAGACAGAAUGAUUGUCAUCUCAAUAAUUUGUAUGAUACAUGUUUUUGGAAGCUAAUUGAGGGGAGAAAAACUGAAGCCGGAAUGAGUGAAACUGAAGCUCAUGAAUUUCUCAAGGGAACACAAAAGCAGGAACAAAAUGAACUUCUCUUCCAGAAAUUUGACCUUAACUAUAAGACUCUGCAUCCUAUGUUCAGACAAGGAACUUGUCUUUUCAAGGCUCAGGUUGAAGAUAUUAUCAAGUACAAGGAAAAUGGUGACCCUGUUAAGAGAUUACGUAGAAAGAUGAUAAAAGUUCGUUCAGAUAAUAUAGCUGGUAAAAAAUUCUGGAAUCAGCACUCAUCUCUUCUUUCAGAACUAGGUAGAUUUGAAGAAGAUAUACGAAGAGUUAGACCAGAAUAUAUAGAAUCAUUUCAAUUUCAGGAUAAGCUAUUGCUGUCCACAUGGAUAGUGGUCAGAAUUGAUGGAUGCCAUUUCCACAGGUUCUCUGAUGUUCAUGCAUUUGAGAAGCCCAAUGACGUACGAGCGUUGAACCUUAUGAAUUCAUGUGCAGCAGCCCUUUUGGAUGAAUUUCGAGAUAUUAUCUUUGCUUAUGGUGUCAGUGAUGAAUUCAGUUUCAUUUUGGAUAAAAAGUCAAAGCUCAAUGAAAGGCAUCCUAGUGGAAUAGUGUCCGCAAUGGUAUCAUUCUUUUCAUCAAUGUACAUCAGUAAAUGGAAAGAGUUCUUCCCACUUAUAGAGUUAAAGUAUCCCCCCUCAUUUGAUGGAAGAGCAGUUUGCUAUCCGUCGUCUGAGAUUCUUCGGGACUAUUUGUCUUGGAGACAAGUCGAUUGUCAUAUUAACAAUCAGUAUAAUACCUGUUUCUGGACACUGGUUAAGUCUGGGAAAAGCAAGUCUGAGGCCCAAAAAACUUUGAAGUCCGCUAUACAGGGAACACAAACUCAAGAGAAGAUUGACUUGCUUAUCAAGAACGGCAUUGAUUAUGCUGCUUUACCUGACAUAUAUCGUAGGGGUUCCUCUGUUUUCUGGAACAAGGAAAACAAAGUGGAUUUGAAUGUGAAUGAAAAUGAAGACUCAAGGAUGAACAUUGUGAUUGAACAUUGUAACAUAAUCGACGAUGGUUUCUGGGAUGCACACCCAUGGAUCCUUGGUGAUAGUUGGCAUUAACCUGGGGCUCCCAAUUUAUUAAUGUGUAAAAAUAAUGAUUUUGGUUCGAUGGGCUUUGUCCCAUGUCGGACUGUUGUGGGUUGUGCCAAAGCAGGCUGUGUGUCUGACUGGCCACAAAUAGUAUGUGUCUCGUGCUGUGCCAGUCACCCUCAAACUCGUCUAUGACAUGACAUGAACAUGCUUGCCAUGCCACAAGCCUCAACAUAAUUUUUUUGGCAUUUUUGUUGUAUGAUAGAUAAUUUGAUCUUGAUUUUAAGUUGAUUAAUUGAAAACUUA